AUGGCUUUUGCAGUAUUCUUCCGUGUUCCCAUUGUUCUCUCUCUCCUCCUGCUUUCAUGUGAAGCCCAAGAAACAAUAUACCCCUUUGAUUAUAUAUAUCAGUUGGGAGAUUCAUUGUCUGAUACGGGGAAUCUUAUUCGCCAAGACACCACCGGAGAAACAGUGGCAGCCGCCCACCUGCCCUACGGCGAAAGCUUUCUCGGCAGGCCCACUGGUCGCUGGUCUAAUGGCCUUCUCAUCGUAGACUUCAUUGGUACAUCUCUAUUGGAUGUGUUUCAAUUCUUUUAG